AUGGAGAAGCUUAAUUCGGAGGAUGGCCAACUCUUCAUCAAGAAUCUCGCCAGCUUCGUGCGAACACACGAAAAGGCUUUGGCCAACGCUCUACAACUGCGACGCCAGUCCGUUCCAUCCACCGCAUAUGCAUCCUCUACCUCAUCCACCUUGGCCGCAGCCCUUUCCUUUGGCGCCUUGAAAUUCGCCUCGCAGAAUGUGAAGCCCGCCAAGUUAACUCUCACCCCGCACCAUCUCUUCUACCUGCUCUCCCAGUUCGAGGACCUUUCCAUCUCGGUAGGAUCCAUGAAUGUUCGCCUAGAGAACAUUCACAAUGACUCAUCCUCCGCGUAUGUCUCAUUUCUGAACCAGCCCGGUCGCUCCCGCGGCGGCGGCGAUCGCGACUCCAUCCACUCUGUAUCCAGUGUUCGUAGUGUCAUGUCUGGCAUGAGCGCCAUCUGGUCUUCUUUUGGAAUCGGGUCGAAGGAAUCCUCCGCCAAAUCCGAAAAGGCCAAGGCCGCUCUGGAAGCCGACCUCAAGUAUUUGUAUUCCGCAUUCACUAAGAUCCCCUGUCUCCGUCUGGCUCCGGAUCGCCGCGCUCGUCUCAUCCGCGGCUAUGAGGAGUUCCCCCUGGAUACCGCAGUCCCGCUGCAUGCCUUUAAAAACCUGAGUGCUCUGGAGAUUAUUGAUAUUGAUUUCCGCUCGUUCUAUGGAUGGGACCGGCUCUCCGAGCAACUGCGUACCUUAACUUUGAAACGGGCCAAUAUCAACGACCCGACUGAUCUCUUGACCAAAAUUGUUCUAGAUGAUGUUGACAAACGUCGUCGUCGUUCUUCAAAAUCCCACCCGUCCCCGAUCCCUGGUGGCAGCAUGGCAACAACUCCGUACAAGUAUGAUGAGACGAGUAGUAGCCAUCAUAAACCCAUUUCAGCUCCAGGAUCUCCCAGUCCUGGUAGCAACAUGGCAACCAGUACCAGCCCCAAAUCCAUCCCCAUGAUUCGAGGAGGGUCCGAAGGCGACCGAGGACAUCGCAGCUACUCUCCUACCAGGCCGCAGACAUCCUCUUCAAGGCAUCAUCACCAUCACCACCAUCAUCAAAGCCGUCACUCCCGGGCACAUUCAAUCAACAAAAUUGCACGGUCCAGCUCGGGUAGCUCAAACUCGAGCGAGGUCUCAUUGCACGGCAAUCGCAGUUCGUCGAAUCUCUUGAAUGGUGUGUUGCCACCGACGAAGUGGCGCUUUCUGCGCCAUCUUGGGUUGGCCGAUAAUUCAUUGACAAGCCUGCCAUCCGACUGUUUCAUGCCCGUCGCCAACACCUUGCAUUCGCUGGACUUGUCUUCGAACCUAUUUGCUGAAAUCCCCGACAGCUUACCGUCUUUGGUGGCGCUACACGCACUCAACCUCUCCAACUGCAUGAUUAACUCGUUGCGGUCUAUUGCGAAAAACCCGUUGCCUGCAAUUACUGCUUUGAACUUACGUGGCAACCGGCUGUCAUCCCUGGCUGGGAUUGACCGUCUCCUCUCAUUGGAGCGUGUCGAUCUGCGAGACAACAAUUUAACGGACCCCACGGAAAUAGCCCGGCUGACUGGUCUCCCUGAAAUACGAGAGAUUUGGGUCUCGGGCAAUCCAUUUACCAAAACCCAUUCAGGGUACCGGGUCACGAUUUUCAAUUUGUUCCGAAGCACGCCUGGAUAUUCCGAAGACAUUGUGAUUGAUUCCUCAGGCCCGGGGUUUUCGGAACGGAAGCAGCUAGUGGAACGAGUUGCUGAACCAGAGUCUGCUCCAGUUGUUCGUCCGGUUGACCCUGAACCAGCGAAAACCGUGAGCAAAGUAUCGACGACAGUGCGUCAAGAUGGGUUGGCGCAAGAUGUAGCAGCGGAAGUAACAGCAGACGGGGCCGCUGAGUAUACACAUCGCAAGAGAGGUAAUCGUCGACGUAUAGUUGAUAUAUCACGAGAAGAUUCUGCAGCGCAAGUUUUCACCCCUCCUCCUAUUUCUUCAUCAUCUCAAAACAAGCCUCUACCCCCCAAUCCGCCUGUUCUGGUGGAUCCCUUCAUAUCAAGCGGGCCUUCAAAACCGAAGGAAAAGACGAUAACACUAUCACCACUAUCAUCAGACGUUGAUCCCGCGAAAAGUAUCACCACGCUUUCUUCUAUUCCUCAAAAGGAGAGUGUUGUCGUUCCUCCUCCCAAAGCCUUACCGGCGAAGCCAGAUGCUACAGAGUGGAAUUCCCACUUUAGUCUCGGCGGUGGUGAUAACAAUAAAGAUAUAUUUCGCCCGAGACUAGAGACCAUGAAUAGCAGCAGCGGCGGUGGUGGCGGCAGCAACAACAACUGGCUCAGUAUGCUUCAGGACGGGAACUGGCAAAUGCAAGGUGCAAGACAGCAGCCGACAGGCAUGUCUGCCGUUCCACGCACUGGACCUGGAUUUGAUGCAUCCAUCAUUCGACCGGAUACAGUCAGUCGUCCUGAGAGUCAUCUAAUAAUCAGUGGACGGACACUGGGAUAA